AGAGAAAGGCGCCGUCAGACUGCGCUCCACUUGGGGCUCGCCUGCCGCGGGGUUCCGAGCGCCCACACUUUCUGGAAUCCGGGGGUCUUCGCGCCACAACCCAAGGCGGUCCUUCUCCCCAGCCCGGGGUCUGAGCGCCAUUAGCUGCCACGCGCGCCGGGAUCUUCGCUCGGAGCCCGCCGGAAUCCUGCCCGCUGGAUUCGAGGACCCGCUUGGAUGCUUCGUCUCCGAGCGCCCUCGGAAGAUGGGCUGGCAGCCACGCGCCUGAAGGCACCGAGAGUUUCCCAGUCUCCAAGGCACAGCCGGAGAAGGGCUCCGCUGGGGGUUGCGCAGCAUUGGAGAUGGCUUCCAGUCCGCUGCCGGGGCCCAAUGACAUCCUUCUGGCGUCGCCCUCGAGCGCCUUCCAGCCGGACGCGCUGAGCCAGCCCCGUCCCGGCCACGCCAACCUCAAGCCCAACCAGGUGGGCCAGGUGAUCCUUUAUGGCAUUCCCAUCGUGUCCCUGGUGAUCGACGGGCAGGAGCGCCUGUGCCUGGCGCAGAUCUCGAACACGCUGCUCAAGAACUUCAGCUAUAACGAGAUCCACAACCGCCGCGUGGCACUGGGCAUCACGUGCGUCCAGUGCACGCCCGUGCAGCUGGAGAUCCUGCGGCGCGCGGGAGCCAUGCCCAUCUCGUCACGCCGCUGCGGCAUGAUCACGAAGCGCGAGGCCGAGCGGCUGUGCAAAUCGUUCCUGGGUGAAAACCGACCGCCCAAACUGCCCGACAACUUCGCCUUCGACGUGUCACAUGAGUGCGCCUGGGGCUGCCGCGGCAGCUUCAUCCCAGCGCGUUACAACAGCUCGCGCGCCAAGUGCAUCAAGUGCAGCUACUGCAACAUGUACUUCUCGCCCAACAAGUUCAUCUUCCACUCGCACCGCACGCCCGACGCCAAGUACACGCAGCCUGACGCCGCCAACUUCAACUCGUGGCGCCGCCACCUCAAGCUCACCGACAAGAGCCCCCAGGACGAGCUCGUGUUCGCCUGGGAGGACGUGAAGGCCAUGUUCAACGGUGGCAGCCGCAAGCGCGCUCUGCCUCAGCCCGGGGCGCACCCCGCCUGCCACCCACUCAGCUCCGUAAAGGCGGCCGCGGUGGCCGCAGCGGCGGCGGUGGCUGGAGGCGGGGGCCUCCUGGGCCCGCACCUGCUGGGUGCGCCCCCGCCACCGCCGCCACCCCCGCCGCCUCCCCUGGCCGAACUAGCGGGCGCGCCGCACGCCCACCACAAGCGGCCGCGCUUCGAGGACGACGACGACUCCCUGCAGGAGGCGGCCGUCGUGGCAGCCGCCAGCCUCUCGGCAGCGGCGGCCGCCAGCCUCUCGGUGGCCGCGGCCUCAGGCGGAGCCGGGGCGGGCGGGGGCGGCGGCGCGGGCGGCUGUGUACCCGGCGUCGGCGUUGGCGCCGGGGCGGGCACGGGCGCAGCGGGCGGCACCAAAGGCCCGCGCAGCUACCCGGUCAUCCCGGUGCCCAGCAAGGGCUCGUUCGGGGGCGUGCUGCAGAAGUUCCCAGGCUGCGGGGGCCUCUUCCCGCACCCAUACACCUUCCCCGCCGCAGCCGCCGCCUUCGGCCUGUGCCACAAGAAGGAGGACGUGGGCGCCGCGGCUGAAGCCCUGGGCACCGCGGGCGCGGGGGGCGCGGGCACGGCACCCAAGGCCGGUUUGUCCGGCCUCUUCUGGCCCGCGGGCCGCAAGGACGCCUUCUAUCCGCCCUUCUGCAUGUUCUGGCCACCUCGGACCCCCGGCGGGCUGCCCGUGCCCACCUAUCUGCAGCCCCCGCCGCAGCCGCCCUCGGCGCUCGGUUGCGCGCUGGGGGACAGCCCGGCCUUGCUGCGCCAGGCCUUUCUGGACCUGGCCGAGCCCGGCGGCGCGGCCGGCAGCGCCGAGGCCGCCGCUGCUCCGCCGCCAGCGCCGGGCCAGCCUCCUCCGGUGGCCGCCAACGGCCCGGGCUCCGGCCCGCCGCCUCCCUCGGGGGGCGCCGGCGCUCGCGAUGCGCUCUUCGAGUCGCCCCCGGGCGGCAGCGGAGGGGACUGCAGCGCCGGCUCCACGCCGCCCGCGGACCCGGGCGCAGCGGCCUCGGGGGCCGGGGCUGCUGCUGCUGCCGCGGCAGGGGCGGGCGCACGCGUGUCCGCGCCGCAUCACGCGCACCUGCUGGAGGGGCGCAAGGCGGGCGCGGGCGGCUACCACCACUCGAGCGCCUUCCGGCCGGUGGGCGGCAAGGACGACGCCGAGAGUUUGGCCAAGCUGCACGGGGCGUCGGCGGGCGCGCCGCACUCGGCCCAAGCGCACCACCAUCACCACCACCACCAUCACCACCACCACCCGCACCACCACCACCACCACCACCACCCUGCGCAGCCGCCGUCGCCGCCGCUGCUGCUCUUGCCCCCGCAGCCGGACGAGCCGGCCUCCGAGCGUCACCACCCGGCCCCGCCGCCGCCCCCGCCACCCCCGCCGCCCCCGCCGCCGCCUCUGGCCCCGCAGCCGCAUCCCCGAGGCCUGCUGUCCCCGGGGGGCACGAGCUGCAGCUACCCCAGCGAGGACAGCUCGGAGGAUGAGGACGACGAGGAAGAAGAGCAGGAGGUGGACGUGGAGGGCCACAAGCCCCUGGAGGGCGAGGAAGAGGAGGCGGAAGGCCGAGACCCUGAUGACGAAGAUGACGACGACGAGGAGGAAGACGAGGAGGCGGGGGUCCUCCUGGGGGACCCCUUGGUCGGGGGCGGCGGCCGCUUCCUCCGGGGUCGAGGGCUGUCUGAGAAGGGCAGCACCCGGGACCGCGCGCCGGCCACCGCGGGCGCCUUCCCGCUCGCCCUGAACUCCUCCCGGCUGCUGCAUGAAGACGGGAAGCUGGGGGACCCUGGCGGCUCGGACCUGGCCCCGCCACCGCAGCCUCUCCCGCCCCCGCCUCUGGCCCCGCAGAAGCCGAGCAGCGGAGGCAGCAGCCCGGGCAGCCCCGGCCACCAUCCAACCCUGGAGGAGCAGCCCUCCUACAAAGAUAAUCAGAAAACUAAGGAAAACAACCAAGUUAUUGUAUCCCCGAAGGAUGACGGCAACUUUUCAGAUAAACCCAAGGAGCACGGCUUUUUCAUCACAGACUCUGACGCUUCGGGAGGAGACUUUUGGAGAGAAAGAUCAGGUGAACACACACAAGAAGCCAGCUCACCCCAUCCUCUCAAGAAGGAUGUGGAAAAUAUGGGGAAAGAAGAACUUCAGAAGGUUUUAUUUGAACAAAUAGAUUUACGGAGACGACUAGAACAAGAAUUCCAAGUGUUAAAAGGAAACACAUCUUUCCCAGUAUUCAAUAAUUUUCAGGAUCAGAUGAAAAGAGAACUAGCCUACCGAGAAGAAAUGGUGCAGCAGUUACAAAUUAUCCCCUAUGCAGCAAGUUUGAUCAGGAAAGAAAAGCUUGGUGCCCAUCUCAGCAAAAGCUAAAAGGUGCACAGAAACCCUUACUCUUGUUCUCUUGUAAGAUACAGCCUGCCAUGGAGUACUUCAGGCCUGCACACAGACUGCACACUGAAAGGGCUUGGGAAUCAAAUACAAAAUCAGGUUCGCGGGAACCCAAGGACAAGUGACCUCAGAGCAGCAUGGACAACCAUGUAAAAUAGACUGUAGCAGCCAUUCAUUCGUGGGGGGGAGGGGGGAGCCACCCGGAGCAGUCAAUGCUUGUCGCAUCUUUUGGUGGAACCAAAGUUGGAGUCUUUGUGUUUUUAGAGGGGACAACUGAACCCAGAGCAUGGGAAAUGGUGUUAGCCAACCAGGGUGGGAAGCCAUGGAUGGUCCUGAGUAGCAGCAGGGCCACACACAUGGAGAGAGCAGCUUUAUUCACUGUCCUUCACCCUUGACAAAGUGAUUCUUGGUGGGAAAGAAAGCAUAGGGCUACCCUGGGAGUGGGGAUUGGGUUUUGACAGCUGGGAAGGCAUCCUGUUCACACCUGCUUUUCAUGGCAAACAGACACACAUGUGUGGCCCCUUCCUCUCUGGUACUUUGCCUGCUGUAUGAAUGAAGAUUGUAUUCCUCUGGAAAUAUUUUACAGUUUAAUAUUGAGUAUAAUUAAGAAUAUAAUCAUGUUAUCAAAAAUGGUAUUUAACACUGUUGUAGUUUCUUUAACAUUCAUGUGGAUAAAAAAGUCUAUAAUAAAAAAACUAUGAAAUAA